CCGGAACUGCUUAGUUAUCUAAUCGGAUUCUAUUUCUGUCGUAGCUGACGAACCGUUAAUCCACCACCAUCGCGACGUCCUUUAGCGUCCCCAAUUUAUCUUCUUAGGCGCGAGAAUUUGCAUUAGAGAAGUUUUAUCGGGCAAAUAUUAACUAGCAUACAACAAAUCAAUUACGGCUUUUUAAUCCUGAUUGGUGAUCCUCUUCGGCACUUUGUAAUCCCUGCGUGGGGACUCUCGGAGGUAUUCCUACGAGGUGGCACAAGUCCUCCAUUUUGGCCUCUUUUUUUUCUCCCCCUUGAGAUGGUUGUGGAGUAGCUAACCACCAUGACGCUUGGAAACACGAAUCGUGUGGAGGGUGGAGAGGUAAACAUAUGUUGUUUUCACGAUGGCUUAGAAACAUAUAUAACCGUGGUGGCACUCCAGCUCGACAUCGCAAUUUUUCCUCACCAACUCAAAUCAUCAUCCAAUACCAACCGUUCAGCAUCGCUCUCAGGUUUCUUAGAAUUGCUUGUUUAACUCUGUAAUACAUUCACUAGAACAAGAGAUCCUUGGACAAAUACAAACAUGUCUGCUGCCAACGGCGUCAACGGAUCCAAGGCCGAGCCCUUGAGCAUCCCUAACAAGGCGGCCGAGGGCGUUCCGUUCUUUUCACCUGCACAAGAGCCGCCAGCGGGAACCGCCCUAAACCCCCAGCCUAACGGAAGCGCCAUCCCAAAACUCUUCACCCCCCUGAAGAUUCGUGGUAUCACUCUCCAGAAUCGUAUCAUGCUAUCACCAUUAUGCCAGUACUCAGCUGAAAACGGCUUCUCCACACCCUGGCACUUAACUCAUCUAGGUGGUAUUAUCCAGCGCGGGCCGGGACUUACUAUGAUCGAGGCCACCGCCGUCCAGGCCCGCGGACGUAUCACCCCUAACGAUUGCGGACUAUGGCUCGACGACCACAUGGAGGGCAUCAAGCGAAGCGUAGACUUCGCCCACUCGCAGGGCCAACACAUCGCCAUACAGCUCGCCCACGCCGGCCGCAAGGCCUCCGCCCUUGCCCCGUGGCUGCACAGGGGCGCCACGGCUGCCGCAGACGUGGGAGGAUGGCCCGAUGACGUCGUCGCGCCAAGCGCUAUCCCCUUCGACGAGAACCACGUGGUACCGAGGGCGCUAACUCUAGAAGAGAUCGCACAGCUAAAGCUCGAUUUUGUAGCUGCUGCCAAGCGUUCUAUCAAGAUCGGAUUCGACGUUAUCGAGCUGCACAGCGCUCACGGAUACCUCCUACACGAAUUCCUAUCGCCUGCUACUAACCACCGUACCGACCAGUACGGCGGCAGCUUCGAGAACCGCACUCGUCUGCUCCUCGAACUGGUGGACGAGGUUCGUGCCGUGAUGCCCGCUGAUAUGCCCCUAUUCGUGCGUAUCAGCGCCACCGACUGGCUUGAGGGUGUUGAGGGCUAUACUGGCGACAGCUGGAAAUUGGAGGACUCGGUUCGUCUUUCCACACUACUGGCUCAGCACGGCGUCGAUGUGAUCGACGUCUCCAGUGCCGGAAACCACCCCCUACAGAAGAUUACCUCAGGCCCUGGUUACCAGGCGCCGUUCGCCAAGGCAAUCAAGCGAGCUGUCGGCGACAACGCAUAUGUGGUUACUGUCGGUACCAUCCUAAGCGGGAAGCAAGCUAACGAUCUCCUUGUCGGCGGCAAUGACGCUGACGACACUCCCGUGGAUAUUGCGGGUGUUGGACGUUUAUUCCAGAAGAACCCCGGGCUUGUCUGGUAUUGGGCUGAAGAGCUCGGCGUGGCAAUCUAUGUCGCGAACCAAAUUGGAUGGGGCUUUGGCGGUCGAGUCACCAAGCAACGAAAGCUGGAGGCGACGAAAGAGCAGUGCACCGGUCCCGUCCCUUAAGCACUUUUCUCUCGGGUUGUUAGAUUCAUCAGUUAGCUAAGCAUUAUCGGCGUUUAUAUAUAGAAGAUUAUUACAUACCAUUGCACAAUUUGUCCAUACCUUAUGUACCUAGAUUAUGUACAUAUACAUAAUGUUACAUAUGUAGGUACACGUAUUGUGCAAUACAUACAUUGAUGUACGUACCUACUUAACUUCAGCCACGCAGCCACGCAAGACCCUUCGUCGCAUUGCCGUGUUAUCCAUUUGCCAAGCUGCAAUGCAAAAC